UCUUCGCUUUCGUUUUCAGUUGGAAAAGUGUUUGCUAAACAUUUAUUUUUAUGUUUUUUCAAAUGCGUCAAAAAUGAUAUUCGGAUUAUCACCAAUAGUUUCAUUUUUAAAAGUAGCUAGUUAUGAACAUGUUGUAUCUAGGUUGUGAUUCUGCAAAAUGGAUUUCGUUAUUUUUACUUUUGGAAUGUAUCAUGGGCAUUGAUUUAGAACAGAAUGUUUGUGAAAAUGUUGAAUGCGAACCACUCAUGGUGACAGAAUGUCCUCAUGGCCUCGUCAAGAUGAAAGUCGGGUAUAACGGAUGUUGCGAUGGAUGCGUUAAUAAAACAGAUUAUGCUCAAACUGCAUGUCGGAAAAGUAAAAGUAUUAGACAAGAACUUUUAUCAAAUGAACAAGACGAAUAUACAGACAAUUUGUGGAUCCCUGAUUGCGAAGAUAACGGUAAUUAUAAAUUGAGACAGAUGAAAGCAAAAAAAACUAUCUGUAUGAACAAUGAUGGAACAAAAUUAUUUGGAGAAGAAAUCUCAGAGUUGUCUCAAAAUAUGUCAUGUAAAUGCUCACAACAUAUACAUAAUCUGAAAAUAAAGGAAAAAGAUACCUUUAUGACAGGACCUCAAGAGCAUUGCACUGUUACAGGAGAUUAUGAAAAAAUUCAAUGCAUCGACAACCUUUGUUACUGCGCAAAUACUGAAACUGGUGAAGUUGAAGGAAGAAUAGUUCGGAUGGAUCAUUUAGACAAGUUACCAUGUUAUGACAAGAAAAAGCCAAUAGUAUCCUACUUGAAACCAUGCGAAAAAGAAUUAAUCAGGGCGAGAAAACUUCGCAAUCAGUUCUUAUUAAAAGGAAUCAAAGUUAUAGGUUUGGAGACAGUAGAAUGUGAUCCUGAUGGAACUUUCUCUCCUACACAAUGCGAUUCAAGCAGAUGCUCUUGCACAGAUGAAGAAGGAAUAGAAAUUAGAAGUUAUUUUACAGCCGAUAUUUUAGAAUCUAUUGAAAUGAACUGUGAUUGUGCAAGAGAAAAUGAAAAAGCAGCAAUGCAUGCUCAGUACCCUGCACUUAAAUGUAAUAAAUAUGGAAAUUACAAUAUCACUCAGUGUGUUCGCAAUGCCAAAUGCUUCUGUGUGGAUACAGAUGGUGACGUCAUUUCGAAUGAACUAAAUGUGACAACUCAUUCAUAUUGCAAGGAACUUUUGGAAAAACUUUCAGUCCAAGAACCAACAACAAUCACAUAUGUGUCAAGUACAAUGCAAACUGAAGAUGAUUAUGACUACUCUGAAGAAUACUAAAUCGUUUUUUGAUAAAUGUCUGCCAAAUAUAUUUUUAUCAAAGAAAGUUUGCUCAAAUAAAUUUUUUUAUUAUUUA